AUGUCUCGCAUACGAUCGGUAUUGUCUGGCGGUGACGCCAUCGGAAACACCCCAUUGCUACGACUAAAUCAUGUCACUAAAGGAUUAGAAGCGACAAUUGCUGUGAAACUAGAGUACAUGAAUCCAGCCGGAUCGGUGAAGGACCGUAUCGCCUUCAACAUGAUUCAAAAAGCCGAAGCAGAAGGAAAAAUCACGCCCGGAAAAACUGUGAUUAUUGAACCUACUAGUGGCAACAUGGGAAUCGCUCUUGCCUAUUGUGCAGCGUUGAAAGGAUACAAACUAAUUCUGACGAUGCCAUCUUCGAUGAGUGUGGAGAGACGAGCGGUACUGAAAGCAUUUGGUGCUGAGGUGGUGCUCACCGAUCCAGCACUGGCUGUACGAGGAGCUAUUGAAAGAGCAAAGGAGCUAGAAAAAGCAAUACCGAACGCAUACAUUCCUAAUCAAUUUUCAAAUCCAGCGAAUCCUGAAGCUCAUUACUUAACAACUGGACCGGAAAUCUGGAAGCAGACGGAUGGAAAGGUCUACCCAGUAGAGCCAUUCGAAUCAUCAGCCAUUAAUGGUCUGCCGCACAGUCCUCAUAAGAUUCAAGGCAUGGGAAUUGGCAUGGUACCUGAGGUACUUGACCGAUCGCUCUUCGACGAAGCCUUACGGGUACAUUCGGACGAUGCCAUAGCGAUGGCUAAACGACUCGCUGUUGAAGAGGCAAUCCUUGGUGGUAUCUCAUCUGGAGCGAACGUCUGCGCAGCAAUUCAGCUCGCAAAGCGCCCCGAGAAUAAAGGAAAACUUAUUGUGACGACCGUCAAUAGCUUCGGAGAACGUUACUUGUCAUCAGCAUUGUACUCGGACAUCACAGAUGAGGUCGCUGCCAUGGACCAAAUGUCAGUUGAGGAGUCAAUCGCCAGAGCAAAAGCAUAUCUGGGAAUUUGA